AGUGGUGGUGGAGGAUACGAAGUCUCGUGCGUUUAGAGCUCGAGCUUUCUCAGUCGGACGUGUAAACUCGCGUCGAAAGCUUCCAUCGAAAGCUUCGUGAUAUAAGAACGUCAAGAUUUUACUAUAUAUUAUCGUUUCUUUUUUUGUUUUAUCAUCUCCCCUUCCCCUCGGCCUUGGCCUCCUCCACGAAGACUUUUAAAACGGUCUCUCUCUCUCUCUCUUUCUCUUUCUCUCUCUCUCACUCUCUCUCUGUUUUUGUCUCUAUCUGUGUCUCUGUUUCUUUCUUUCUCUUUCCCUUUCUGAUUCUCAUUCUCUCUCAUUUUCUCUCAUUUUCUCUCAUUCUCUCUCAUUCUCUUUCAUUCUCUUUCAUUCUCUCUCUUUCUCUCUCUCUCUCUCUCUCUCUCUCUCUCGUAUUCUCAUAAUUCGCGCCUAAAUCGAAUCGUCUAUUGAUAUUUAUAGGGAUAAAGAGAGAAAUGUAUAGAUAGAUAGUAAGAGGUAAAACGGAAAGGCGGAGGUUCCAGCCGGCAAAAUGGCGGCAGGUGAAAUUUAUAUAUAUACAACAUAAAAAAAGAAAGAGAGAGAGAUAGAGGGAAAGAAAAUUCGAGUUGCCCGUUUCCUGGGUGACCAUACGAGAUUAUCGAUCGCGGAUCCUUGAACGGUCAUGAGAGGAGGAAGCUCGAUUUUACAUUGGACUAGCGUGUUGUCCAUCGCUGUUAGAUCAAGGUGGUCGAAGUCAAGGAUCGUUUUUGGUGUUAAUAUCGUUUGACGAACUGAAGAGAGGAAUCUAAACGAUCAUGCAUCUUCAUUUUGAGAAGAAUAACAACGCCAAGUGCGACUGUAAUAUACUCUCGCUCAGCUGGAUGGGCAAAGUUCCGGACGAAUCACCCGAGGACGAAGGAUGGAAGCUCGAUCGUACAAAUUACUAUCAGGAGGGUUGGUUAGCUACCGGGAAUGCUCGUGGUCUAGUCGGAGUGACAUUUACCACUUCACACUGUCGUACCAGAGCAGCGGAACUUCCUUUACGAGCAAACUACAACCUCCGUGGUCAUCGUAGCGAAGUAAUAUUUGUGAAAUGGAACGAGCCAUAUCAGAAGUUAGCAUCAUGUGACAGUUCAGGUGUAAUCUUCGUUUGGAUAAAAUACGAAGGAAGAUGGAGUAUAGAAUUGAUAAAUGAUAGGAACACACCUGUGACGCAUUUCUCUUGGUCUCACGAUGGUCGAAUGGCUCUUAUAUGUUAUCGAGAUGGUUUCGUAUUGGUCGGUAGUGUUGGUGGACAAAGAUAUUGGUCGUCUAUGUUGAACGACAAAGCUACGAUAACUUGCGGAAUUUGGACACCGGAUGAUCAACAGGUUUAUUUUGGAACAACGGCUGGACAAUUGAUAGUGAUGGAUGUGCAUGGUGCAAUGGUAUCGGAGGUACAAUUGGCAGCGGGUGUUACCUCGAUGGCUUGGAGUGCCGAAAAAUUUACGAUGGAGGAAGGUGACGAAGAUGUUACAAGCGAUAGAUCAAGAAGGGACGAACGUAAUUACAUAUUAGCUGUUUGCCUUGCCGAUGGUAACAUAGUUAUGCUUCGUUCCUUCGACGACGUAUCACCAAUAACUAUACGUACAAAUUUAAAAACACCUUUACACGCAGAAUGGAGUAAUUCAAGAAAGUUAUUAGCUAUUGCGGGAACGAAGGAUUCGGAUUCUCUUCCUCAAAAUAAUUCAUUAGAAUAUACGAACCUAUUAAAGUUUUAUUCGGUUAACGGUACCCUCGUUUACACAACAGUAAUUCCAUACACGCAGUGCCCUGUAUCGGCGUUAACCUGGGGUCAUAAUGACAGAAGACUCUUCGUAGCCACUGGUGCAAGAGUACAUGCGGCAUGGGUCUCCAGGAGGGUCGGUUCAUUGCAGUUGCUAUCUAGAUUAGCAGUGAGGGCAGCCCUCACAAGAGAAUCCAGUGUCCAACAACUUCCGUUACCAUCUAGAUUAAGAGCAUCGGUAGCUGCAUUGUUUGCUAGUACGAUACGGUGUCCAGUACCAGAGCCAAGAGAAUUAAGACGUUUUGUAUCCAGGCCACCAGCUGGAAGUGGAAGAUUACAUUGUACAAUGCUUAGACAUGCCGUAGAACCUAUACCUUGUUAUACAUUAUAUUUAGAAUAUUUAGGUGGUUUGGUACCAUUAUUAAAAGGUCGAAGAACCAGUAAAAUCAGGCCAGAGUUUGUAAUAUUCGAUCCCCAGAGUCAAGACACUUUACAAUUAUUCGACGAUGUAUCACAAUGUCCUUCCUUCAGUGAUGGUUCUGAUACAGAAAGAGAUACCGCAGAUUUAUGUGGUUCCCCAAGAAAUCGUCGAAAAAAUAGAAGAAAGAAGGAAGAAAAGGGCUCAGAGGAAACUGAUGAUCUCACUUACGUCGACACUUUGCCCGAGCACGCUAGAUUGGUCGAAGUAACGUCAAAUAUUUGGGGCACGAAAUUUAAAUUCCACGGCUUGGCAGAUUCUGUACCAGCUAACUUAGGUCAAGUUACUUAUCGAACAUCAUUGUUACAUUUGCAACCAAGGCAAAUGACAUUGGUGAUGACGGAAUUGAGAGAUGAUUUACCUGCAGGUCCAGAUCCAAGUUUCAACCCUAAUUUAUUUUCCGAAGACGAGGAGGAAACAUUUCAGGAUCUUCAGGGAACUUCUAGAGCAACGUCGGAGACUCAGCCACCUCCGAUAGCUCCUAUGACGCCGCGAAACGCACGACUGAAUCCAAAUCGUCCAAAGUCACAAAUCUCAAAUCAAUUUUUAACCACAGAAGCCUUACCUGCCUCUUUGGCACGCGUCGAAAAUUAUGAAAACGAAUUCCCAUAUGUAGAUCUUCAAGAGAUGACGAAUUUGUAUGAGAACAUAAGAAGCGCACCUACGAAUACUUAUCGUACACCACCUAGGCACAAUCCACCUAGAUGUUGCGACGUUCCAGCUUUGCAAUCGCCUAAAAAUGCAGUCGCGCCGACACAAACUUUAAUAGCUACGUCGAAUACAGGUACAGAUUAUUCGAGUAAUAUUCAAAGAGUUAAAACGGCAUUGGCCGAUCAACAAAAUACCGGUAUGGUUACGAAAAAGGAACUCGAAAAUAAUAAGUUCAAUCAGAUAUCUCAAGAGGACAAAUCUAGCCUAAAUUCUGGUUCGUCCAACAUCAUUCCAACGUCCAUGCAUAACGGCCAGGUACCAUUAGCCGAAGCAUCGAGCUCGCAAAAUUCCAUAUUAAAUAAUUUGGAUGGUGGUAACGAUUGUUCCCAAUCACAAAUGAUUUAUAUGAAUGGCUUGAACAUCAUGACGUCAUGUUCGAGUAACGUCCUAAACUCAAAUCACUCGAACAACGUGCAACAAAGCUGCCACGGUUUCUUACAUCCAAGGAACAAUCAAAAUAAUGGGACUAACUUGAGCAUAAGCCCAUCGCAAAGUAAUUUAAAUCCAUUUUCAAAACAUAAUAAUGGCUCAAACGGUUCGUCCAGUUUAUUACUUCCGUCUACGUGUUCCUAUCAAUUAUCAGAUAAUUCUGAUCACGAACAAUCGACUUCAUGUUCGCCGUGUAAUUUGAAACAACAAAAGGAAAUGAAAUCUCAGGGUAGUUAUGGAAAAAUCAAUGUUUCUAAUCAAUCGAACGGAAAGACAGAAGAGCUUCGUUUUAUCGACGAAGAGAGUAAAGCCGAGGCGGACAUUGAACAAUUUCGUGGUGUUCAUAGGACACCAACGGUCGUUAGUAUUGGUCCACUUUGUUCAAAUGAUUCGAUAGUAAGAAGUUGUAGCGUUGGAUAUUUAGAUCUGGUAGACGUUCAUCAGUUGGUUCCUUGCGAUGUUGCCUUGAAAAUGUUGAGAAAGGAAGCGCCUAACAAGAGAUUGGUAUUGGUUUCGAGAAAAACAAAAAGAAGGAAAAAGAAUAGACCACAGCAUGACAUUGGACAACAAAAUAGUAAACCACCGAGACUUCGUAAUUGUGGUAAAUCGAAGAGUUUAGACUCCAGUGAUAUAUUCCCUAGUAACGAACUUAUAACUACACCUCCUCAAUUGCCUGAACACCUUGAGGAAGCAUCGAACGUUGUUAAUAAUUCUGAAAUUGUAACGGAGGAGAAGUGCAGUGAUUUGAAUAUAGUAGUAUUAGGGGAGAUUAACAACGAUACCGUGAUGGAACGUCAAAAAAAGAUACUUCAUGGUAACGAUGAAACUUACGUUGAGAAACCAUGUCGAUUGGAAACUUGUGUGUCUCCUGUUAGGGGUUCCAGUCCAAGUGGUUCUUUGGCAUCAUCAUUGGACGGUCUUGCCGCAAGACUCAAAGAUUUCGAUGAGAGUCAUUCCUUACCACCCCCAUCACCUCGUCCAUCCUCAAGUUGUAGACUGCCAAGAAGUUCACCAAGCAGUCCGGCACCCUCGAAGAAAGGAAAAAGACCAGCUUCGGCUUCGCCAAUCAGAAGGAGACUAUUAUCGAGUCCUUUGUUAAACAGGCGAACGCGAAAAAGUCGUGGCGAGAGUUCCGAUGAGGAAGGAUUAAUACAGGACGACUCGUCAUCGAAUUAUCGCGACUUGGAAACCUUUCAGAAAGCACAGCUACGUCAGAAAUUAAAACAAAGGGGUGCUGGAAUGUCUAAUGGUCAUAAUAAACAGGAGACAACUAGACGGGAACUUGUGAUGCACAAUAAAGCACCAAUGUGGAACGAAGCUAGUCAGGUUUAUCAGCUUGAUUUUGGUGGUAGAGUAACACAAGAAAGUGCUAAGAAUUUUCAAAUUGAAUUUAGAGGGAAACAGGUGAUGCAAUUUGGCCGGAUAGAUGGAAAUGCCUACACGUUGGAUUUUCAAUACCCUUUCAGUGCAUUGCAAGCUUUUGCUGUUGCCUUGGCAAAUGUUACGCAACGGCUCAAGUAACCGUCACUCCCCAGUACCUCGUUCGAUAUAUAUCUCUACGAAAUUUGGAAUAUGAAUAUUAACGACGAGAUGAAAAAGACUUACGUGUAAACAAGGCACACACCCACGUGUCUUUCGAUUAUAAAUGAUUUAAUAGUCAUGGUCUAGAGAAAGAAGUAUGUGUAAUUAACCAAAAAAAAAAGAAAAAAAAAAAGUCGGAACGUGUCGCCUUGGAGGUUCUCCAAAGAGAAGAAAAAAGAAAAAAGAAAAAAAAAAAAGAAGGAAAAAGAAAAAUAGAAAAGAAAAGAAAGAAGAAUAUUGCAGAAGAAAAGUGCACAAGACCUUUAUGCGUUUUCGCAAUGAAAAAUUUUUCGUGUGUUGUCUGUAAAAGAUAGAAUGAAUGUGAAUGAAAGAAAGAAAGAAAGAUAAAGAGAGAAAGAGAGAGAGAGAGAGAAAGAGAGAGAGAGAGAAAAAAAUUCUCCACUUCCGUUGAUCAAUGUUAAACACAUCAGAGAAAUUACAAGCGAUUUAAAUUUGUGUGGAACACAAAAGAAAUUUUUUUGAUAAUUGUAUGGUAAUGUUUCGUUAUAUACAUACAUACAUAACGUAUAUGUAUAUAUACAUAUAUAUAUAUAUAUAUAUAUAUAUAUAUAUAAUAAAUAAAUGUAUAUAUAUAUAAACGUUUCUUCGUCGUACCGUCCAAAAAAUAAUUUCGUUUCUCCCAACUUCGAGAGCUCAUUUUUGUAUAGUUUAUGCGACACGUUGGAGUCUAGUAAAAUGCUGUUGAAAGUUUCAACUCUCGUUCAUUUUUGGCGGUCCGCCGAAUACACGCACACAUACACACAAACACGCAUGCACGCACGCACACACCAACAUACACAUACAUAUACAUA